GGAUGCUGAAGCUGGUUUCAAAGUCAAGGACCUGAGGAUCUGCCUGCAUGCCCGCGGUUCUUCUGGGGAACACUCACAAUUGGCUUGAGGGUUAUGCGGGCAUGCGUUUCCAAAAUCACGCGGCAAAGUUCCUGAAAUGAACACUUUGCAGCCUGCGCCGACAUGGAGAGCUCAUCCUCCCCAGCCAUCAGGGCAAUCGAUGUACCAGAGUACACCAAAGGGCGUUUAAGUCAUGAUUGUCCCUCCUUCCUCGAGUUACCUACAGAUAUACAUGUCCAACUAGCCUCUUACCUGGGUUAUCGUGACCUUCAAAUGCUCCGUGCAACCAACACCUACUUCCGCUCCAUAUACUCUGACUUCCAGAUCGCCCAAUCCAGAGAAGAAUAUAUCCGGACCUUACUGGAUCAAGAAGUAAAAGAGGCGCUAAUGGACCGGCAGAGAGAUUUUAAUCUCGAGAUUUUGCCGAUACCCAGGUGACGCGACGACGGAGGAAAGGACACGCUGAUGCCUAUAAAAGAUUUUGUACCGAAUGUGCGAUCAGAGGUAAUAAAUGGGAACCUGGUAUCACCUUGAGCUUUCAAGGCCGAGAAAUGGUAUACUGCCGACGUUGCCGUAGUAUUAGACGAAUUCCAGUGCAUGAUCCCAUGAAGAUGGUUGGGCUCUGUCAGGAAUGCUGUGAUGCAACAGGGAUUUCGGACUUUCACAGGUCGGAUAUUCUAGAUUGGUAUGCUGGCAAGAUUCUCAUCGAACGAUUUUUCACCAGAUAUUCUAACUCGAGGGUCGUAAUUCCCGAAGAAGACUGGCUGAAGUUGGAAAGCGAGCUGUCGGAGUUGGGGUCUUUACGUAGGUCAUUUGUGAGUUAGGAGUGAUAUCGGCGUCCUAUGUACAUACAUACAUACAUGCUUAGCUUAGCGUGCUAAAACGAAACCAGAGUGAUAUGGAGAUAUCUCUGAUGCGACUACGCGCUCAGCUUCCAGCCACUUCCUAGUAACGGUGGAUUUAGCGAUAUCAAGAAAGAUAACUUUGGAAACCUCCACGGCGCUCGCAAGGUGGGGAAGCCAGAGCAUCCCCCCAAAGAAGAACUCGCGUUUGCCUAACGACCGUUAGCAACCAGUCCGGGAUUCAUUCAGAAGUUCCAUAAUGCCAACUUCCGCUUCCAAUAUCGAUAAAAGAUAGGGGAACCUCCAACUUGAAGCAACGACUCUGAGCGUUUGACCUCAUCUGCAAAGAAAAAGAAGAUAGAGCUGUUGACUCGUCGGGGAUAAUUUUCAUGUCUCCGAGAUAGAGCCCGUCAACCUCCGUGUCCUCCGAGGGCACUUGAUGCCGGGAGUCAGAGUCCAGGCUCGGGAUUUGUUAUUGGGAAGUCUGCCCUCAAACGCGACCGGCAUCAUUGAAAUCGAAUCCGGGUCCUGGGUGGGAGAGUGAAAGAAUUCGAACAUUCCGGGCAAUUUUUCUUUGAAGAACGGAUGCAAAAGUGUAUUCGUCAGUCCACUAACAGGGCUUCGUGAACAACCUUCACCUUUUCCCUUCUCAAAACGCAGCAUUAACUGUUUUCAGAUAUGAAACUUUGGGGCUUGCUUGCAAUCCCUUCAGGAGUAAUAUCCAAGUUG